GUUUGAGGAAUCCCGGCCGGCCACGGCCAAACGCGACCGAGUAAGACGGCGAGGGGAGCGCGUGUGUCUCUGUCCUGUCGUGCCCGGACGGCCGUCUCCAUCGCGUCUUGUUCGAUUCAGGGCAUAAGGCCGCAGGCAGGGAGCCCAGGUUCAUCAUCGCCAUCAUCGUCGCCAUCCUCAAAAGUGUCGGGAGGACCCAGUGCGAUCAGCCUCUCCAGCGACGCAAGCUGUAACUGGACCGCCUCCUGGUCUCGAACAUGACAGCUGUUCCUGACCGAGAGGUGUCGUUUCGCCAUUAAAGCAAACGAAAUGCAGGCGCGUCGUUCCUGAAUCUUUCGCUGUAGUUGACCGAUACAACCAUAUAAGCGCGCCGUGUUGCUUGAACGGCCGCUGGCUUCGCUACCUCUCCGGCUUUUCCGAGCGCGAUCAAUGGAGCCCACACAGCGGCCGAAGCAGGCACGAAAGGAGCGCCGUCCACGAACAAUCCAAGCGUGCAAUUUCUGCAGAACCAAGAAAUACAAGUGCGACGGCUCUUUGCCGUGCGCCAAUUGCAAAAGGCUCAACCAGAACUGCACCUUCAGCUCUGCGCCAGAGACGGGCACUGCGAAUAUUUCCAUUGCGUACGUGAAGCAGCUGGAACGCAGACUUGAGGCUGCCGAAGCGCAGCUGAAACAAUAUGAACAUCUUGGAAGCGCGCAGACGACUGCGUCAGCGACAGCCGUCAGCUCGGCAUCGUCGUCACGCAUGAAGUCGCCGGUGUCCACGCCCGAUCGCAGCGCGGGCGAGCGGGCAUCUCUGCCGCCGAGGCCACCCGCGGCGACGUUGGAGUCUCUUCCCGAGGUGAUGGAUGUAAAUGUCGCGACGAAGCGGUUUGAGUUUCACGGGACGUCCUCCAUCAUCACGGCGCUGGAUCGCCUCGUCCAGUUGCGGAGCGACAUCAUCACCAAGUCGCCCACAUCGGACAUCACGCUUGCCGCGCGGUCCAUCUCGGCUGUGACCGAGUUCCAAAACGACUCAUUCAUGCUCAAGGCCCACAAGCCCCUCCUUCUGUCGAUGAGCUUCAGCGACGAUGAGUACUUCUCUCUGUACGCGCCCGUGUUUCUCGACGCCUACUUUACGGGGCUGCACUACAUUUAUCCCCUGAUUGAUCAAGGCUUUUUCCUCAAGCGCUGCAGCGACAUGUGGAGGGGAGACACGUCCAGACUGCGGGCGAGCUUCAGGUUGCAGUACUAUGGAGUGCUGGCACUAGGCGCCGCGACGCGAUCGUGGCGUGACGGGCCGAUCAAUGGCCUGAACCAAGUCGAAUGGACGCAGAUGUUCAUUAGCAAGGCAGAGCAGACCAUGACCGAGGUCGAAUAUCAAACAGACUUCGAGGGCGCGCAAGCCAUGUUUCUUCUCGCACAAGUUCAUCUCCAGUUCCUGUCUUACAACACAGCCCACACCUACCUAGGCAACGCGAUUCGUAUCGCACAUGCGGGGGCCUGCCAUCGUCAGAUGAAGCAAGAAGACUCCAAGGUCCCCGUCGACAGCCCCACGUCCAUCAUCUCCCGAGUCUGGUGGUCCCUGUACUCGCAAGAGAUAGAGCUGAGCUUCCUCCUCGGCCGCCCGGACAGCUUGGGCGACGAGACGUGUUUCACGCGACAACUACCGCCUGUCUCCCAGGGGUCAGAGAUCAAUAUUAUACCGGCCAUGCACGGGAUUUCGAAGGCAAUGCGAGACAUAUCGACUCAUCUGUACCACGGCAACGGCGAUCUUCCAUUUAUGCUCUCCAAGGCAUCGACUAUCGACGCGAACCUUGACCGGGCGCUGCUACAAGCAUCGAGCUACAUACAGGGCUUCAACGACACUCAAGUCCAGAACCAAGCCUCCGUGCUUGCGGGAGACAGAUUCUGGGUGCAAUGGCAACUGUGUCUUUUGAGAAUCCGAUAUCUACACGCGAAAGUUGCGCUCUUUUACCCCUUCUUCCUCCACGUCGACCAGGCGAAGGAAUUUUCAGCAGAUGAGCCCUUCGUGGCUCUAGCCGCGUCAAACUGUCUGGAGGCCUCGUGCCAACUCAUCCGCGAAGUGUUUAGAGGCUACAAAACCCAAAACCUUCAACGAACGUGGUCCUAUUACUCCGCGUACAUGCUUCGCGCCCUUGCCGUCGUGCUCACAAGCCUAACCCGUACAGCCGGGAUCUCGCAUCAGACCUCCAAAGAUCGAGACGCUGUCAUCCAGGCUCUGCACGUCCUCGACUCGCUCGACAACAACGACGUGCCCCGCCGGAUUGCGAACUUUACACGCGAAUAUCUCACGCUGCUAGCCAAGUCAGGGCGUAUCUCAUCACUCGCUCCGUUGAAGAACAGGUACCAUGGACCACCGUCACCUAGCGAACACUCUAAUCACGACGAUUAUCUCCAAAUCCCGUCUCACUUUCCGUUCGGAAACUUUGACGCGCAUAUCCCGUCUGAUCAGUCGCACUUCCAGUCCUUCAGUGGUGCAUCCUACACUGACGCAACUGAGAACUCUUUCGUUUUAGUGGAUAACCAUUCGUUGGGUCAGAUGCCGCAAUUCAUCGUACCGGAUGUGCAUUUUCAUGGCGGUCCGACAUGAGCGCCGAUGCCAAAAUGAGACUCAAUCGCGAUGUAUUACGAUGCCGAGAUGACCACCACUUCAUUUAGUAAGCAUGUAUACCCGGACCAAUCGGACGGGAACAUAGAUGCCAGCCUCAGCGUGCCUAGAGAAAAGCUGUGGAUUUAAGUCUACGGAUUGACGAGGCUGGACAGCAUGCCACUAGACGAAUCAGAAAUGCAGUAAAGAUCAUGAUAGAAGGGGCAAUAGAAGGCGAGUAUACGAAUUGGAAGUAGUCACGAUCCGGGCAUGGGCUAAGCCAUGUUGCGUUCAUUAUUGUACAGCAAAAAGAGCGAGGGCACGAACAGGAGCAACUGAAAAACUGAGGCAGUGUGAAGUGGAUACCUCGUGGUACGGGAACUGCCGUGGCUAAGAUCUUAGCUCGCAACAUGUCGCCAUCAUGCAUUCUCACGUCAGACAGUCGAAGCGAGGAUGGCUUCAGAGAAAAAACAAGGAUUCCAAAAGAAAAAGUCGGUCCACGAUGGAACUAAAUAGAUCGCAUUGGCGAAGACGUCGCGAGCACUAACGGUCAACCAUCCGUCCUGGCUUGAAACGCAUCUCUCAAAGGGAAGGAGGAAAACGCAAGCGAACGAAGCAAUGAAAUCAGCUGCUGUCUUGGCAAACCCGCUCGGUCUGAUGGGAAACUCAACGUAGUAGCCGUCAUUUCAUCCCAGCUUCGGGACAGAUGGAGUAAGCGAUCGUUCCAGGACGCCUUGUCGACCUACCACGCACACUAUCCGAGUACAACUACCGAUUCGACCAGAACGCCCCCCCCCCUUGCCGGACGCUCGAUCCCACAGCUGUCCAUUGAGAGCUCCUGUCGGGCCACGGUCCUGAAGCUUAUACCCGCCGCAACGGUUCUGGCUCGCCCGUCGUUGGCACGGCUCUGCUCAUCCAACUCGCUACCAACUCGAGCUGCGACGGGGAGGACGAAAAAACAAAAACAAAAACAAAAACAAAAAUAAAUUGACCGGAGACCAACAGGCCUUCUGCAACCCGCUCAGCCCAUCCGUCCCCUUUCCUCCUCCAAACCAAAAGCACCAUUUCCGGAGCUAACGUCAUUGGUGCCUGCGCCAGCAUAUGUCUGCCGAGUCAAGCCACAAAGCUUGGAUCGCGCAACGCUCGAUGAUCAAAGAGCAAGACGACGUGUGAGUCCGUACGAAAUAAAAGGGGACGGCCUUUUUCAUCGUCAUUUUUUCCACGGCGGAAAAAUUUUUUUUUUUUUCCUUUUCUUUUUGGUCCAUGACGACGGGCGAAAGCGAGUGGGCCUGGGCGGGUCAAGAGCCGUCGCUAAGUGAGAGCAAAUCUCCGCCCCGACAGGUUUGAUUUCCACGCCUGUUCGUGAUCGUGGGAAUGCACAGUAUUUUGUGAGAUUCGCCUCGUGACGAUCGACGCUUGCGAGAUGCAGCUAAGUCUCGAUGAUGGAUGGACGCAUGAUCUCGGUCUUUUUUUUUUU